AUGUCACCGGGACGCCUCCGUGCUGCGGAUUCGAUGACGUUAGUGAUCAAAAAUCAAGAGACCAAAUUCAACAAGAUCUUGAAGAUUUUCACAGCAAUCGAUUUGUCAAGGAACAAGUUUGAGGGGGAAAUCCCUAAAUUAAUUGGGAACUUGAAUUCACUUCCGCUGCUGAAUUUAUCUCACAACCACCUCACAGGGCACAUUCCUAUUGAAAUGAGGAACAUGAGCACUCUUGAAGCUUUGGACCUUUCAUAUAACCAGCUUGCCGGCAAAAUUCCAGAGGAAUUGGCAAGUUUAACUUUCCUCGAGGUUCUAAAUCUGUCACACAAUCAUCUCGUUGGACCUAUUCGUCGUAGCAACCAGUUCAAUACGUUUCCAAAUGAUUCAUAUUUCGGAAACCCUGAUCUGUGUGGAUUCCCAUUACCAAAUGAAUGUGGGAGGAAUAAGAGCGCAUUGUCCUGA